AUGGCUAUCUCGCAGAGCAAUAAUGAGAGCAAUGGCACACAGCCACCAAGAACUCCAACGACACAAGGAUACGGCCAACAUCCAUUGCAUGAUAAAUCACAGAGGCCAUUGAAAGUCAUCGUCGUGGGUGCAGGCCCUUCAGGAAUCGCAGCGUUGAUUGAGCUGAAGAAACUCUCGCACGUUGAGAUUUCAUGCUUUGAGAAGAAUGCUGCUGUUGGAGGAACAUGGCUUGAGACGAGGUACCCCGGCGCUGCAUGUGACGUUGCAAGUCACGCCUACCAGUAUUCUUUUGACUACAAGACGGAUUGGUCUCGACACUUUUCACCGGCCGAGGAAAUUGGCGAGUACUUCAUCUCAGUAGCCAAGAAGCAUCAUCUGUACAACAAAAUCACCUUCAACUCGCGCGUGAUUGGCGCUGAGUGGGACGACAAUACAGGCCUUUGGCGUCUUCAGAUUGCGCGCGAUAUCUCGCCUGAGAGUGAUGCUGUCGUUGAAGAUCAUCAUGCUCAUGUUUUCAUCAACGCGGGCGGUAUCUUGAACGAUUGGAAGUGGCCUGAUAUCGAGGGCUUGCACAGCUUCAAAGGAAAAUUGAUACAUACAGCUGCUUGGGACCCAGAAAUCGAUCUCAAAGGCGCGUCUGUCGGCAUUAUCGGAUCUGGUGCAAGCAGCAUACAGGUAGCCCCAACCAUACAGUCACUAUGCGACAAGAUCGACGUUUACGUGCGAUCACCUACAUACAUUCUACCAACAGUUGGGUUCGGCAUAGAGUCCUCCGACUUUAACGCGCCAUAUACUGAAGCAGAUAUCGAACGGUUCAAUAACGAUCCAGAGUAUUACAAGACAUUCCGAAAACUCAUUGAACAACAGAUGAAUGAGAACUUUGCUGCUAGCAUCAAGAACUCGGAAGCGCAGGAGAAAGGGAGACAGUGGGCAGAGAAGAUGAUGAGCUCGGCGAUAGCCUCACCAGAGCUGAGAGAGAAGCUCAUUCCGAAUUGGGAGCUCGGAUGCCGGCGACUUACUCCUAGUCUGCCGUAUCUCAAAGCCAUUCAGGAACCCAACGUCAAUGUCAUCAGAACAGGCAUUCGUAGUAUCACUGAGAAGGGCGUUGAGACAGACGAUGGUGAGAUCCAUGAAGUCGAUACUCUUAUCUGCGCAACUGGUUUCAACACCUCCUUCUCUUCCAGAUUCAGCAUCGUUGGUCGAAAUGGUGUGAGUCUACGUGAGAUGUGGAAGGCUAAAGGCCCAGAGGCCUACCUUGGAAUGGCUAUUGCAGGCUUGCCCAAUUACUUCACCCUGCUUGGACCCAACUGCCCUAUCGCCAACGGUUCUCUCAUUCCCUGUAUUGAGUCUAGUUGCAACAGCGCCAAGUACAUCGUUCAAGCGAUCAAAAAGAUCCAAACAGACCAGAUUCGGUCACUGGAUGUGAAGCAGCCGAUCCAAGACGCGUUUAAUGAAUACGUUCAAGAAGUUCACAAGGACUUGGUUUGGACUGGCUCUUGCCAGAGCUGGUACAAAGACCGAAAGUCGGGCAGAGUUGUUGCAGUCUGGCCGGGAUCAAGUAUCCAUUUCAUGGAGAUGAUUGCCAACCCACGAUGGGAAGACUUCGACAUCAAGUACAUUAACGUGAGUAAGACGAGUCUUCAGUUGAAAAUGGCUAAUAGAAACCACUCGAAUCCGUUUUCGUUCAUGGGCAACGGAAUUUCUCAGCGGGAGGCGAUGGGUGAAGAUCUAACAUACUAUCUCGAUGAUAUGAUGCCGGACGUGAAGGUAUAA